AUGUGCGUUUGCGCUUUUUUUCCUUUGCGUCAGCGGCAGUCCGAUGAGGACUGGUUCGACGGCGACUCUUCAGAGGACGAUGUGAUUUUUGAUGCGAUGAUGCCGCAAGACGAAGAUGACGAAACCCCUAUGGAGUUAGACGCCAAUCUAAAACUCCGAUCUCGUAACCCCGGAAACCAAUUCACUAGUGACUCUUCGCAGAGUGUUUUGUCUGCUGGUUUUGCCGAUACCCGAAUACCAAAAGAAACUGAACCCAUGUCGUGCUUGCGAUGUGGUGAGGCAGAUGGAGAGAUGUCACUAGAGCACCCGGACGUUCUGCACCAGUGCGUGUGCAGGGCGUGUGCCGAAUAUCUCGCCUCUCUGCCGAAAUACCGACGCAAGUGCCCGAUGUGUGGUCGGAGGUUCAAGAACUUCGUUAAGGUUUACGUAGCCUCAUGUGGUAGUUGA